AUGUCGCUGUCUGUCCGUGAAAACCCUGUACCUUGGGUCCCUGCUGAAAAUCAGCGUUGCAAUAUUCCUUGGCAGGUACUUACUGCCAUGGUGGUCACAACGGCGGCUGCAGCUCCCGAACCUCACAAACAUGCGGCGAAGUUAACGAAAUCAUACGGACUCGAGCAAAAGCAAGUAUCUCAGCAUUCCAGUUCAAGCCAGCAAUCCGAACAAUCCAAUAGCGUCAGUCGCAGCUACAGCGCAAAAGAAGACAGCAGUAGUGACAUAGAAAAUGCCGAAACGAAUGCUUCAUUUAUAAAGAGUGAAUCGGAGUUCUCGACCAAUGAACGGGGUGAAUACCAGAAUAAUUUUUAUGAAGAAGAGAACGAUGAAUGGACUUCUGUUGAGGACAACCAAAACGAAGAGGACUUAGACAGUAAUUAUGACGGAAAUGCUGAAGACGAAGAAGAAGAAGAGCAGAUUAAUGAAGAAGAAUCACCUGUGAAUAAAUCCGAAGGAUUCCAAUCUAUAUCAAAAACUAUGCGAGAAGUUCUCAAUAUGACUGAUGAAAGUGAAAUAAGGGAGGUUCUGUACGAGCUCACUCAACAAAAAGGUACUCAAGAUACGUGGCAGGAAACACAGUUGUAG